UUUACACGUGUCAAGUAGCUAAAGCAAGUUACUAAAUUUAGUUACUUGUAUGGUGUAAACAACUUGAUUUAGUACUUGCGCAAGUACCUAAUUUAGUAAGAUGUUUAGUCAAGCAAGUUGUCUCCCCCACCUUUGCUUUCUAGAAACUAAACCGCCGACUAAACAAGUGUAGACAGGUUUUUUAGUCGAGUUCAUAAGUACAGACUGCGACGUUGAUUUUUCUUUUAUUUGUGGCGUGUUUUAAAAAUGUCUCGUUGGAGUGAAGAUACAACAAUAAAAUUUGUAGAAGGGUAUCGAGAAAGGCGAUGCUUAUGGGAUACAAGGGCUACCAUUUACAAAAAUAAACAAGCUCGGUACUCGGCGUAUAAGGAAAUUGAGGAGAUCAUGGGGAUAGAAGGAUUCGGAGUGCCUGAAAUCAAGAACAAAAUACAGGCGUUGAGGUCAAUUUAUCCUCAAGAAAAAAAGAAAAUAAGGGACUCUAUGAAGUCAGGAGCAGGAUCGGAGGAUAUUGAUGUCCCCAGUGUAAAAUGGUUUAAGGAAAUGGACACAUUUUUACGUAACGUAGAGGAUAAUAAGAGGCCUACGCAGGAUAAUAAUUUCAAUAUACAACGCGAAGAAGAAGUUAAUGAAGAAAAACGAGAAAAUGAAGAAGAAAUAAUGGCUGCAAGAAACGAAACGUCUCAGGAAGUACCGCAGAAAAAAGUAGAACUACGUCAAAAUUAAGGCACGUUACUGCAGUAGUUAACGACCUAAAAAAAAUAAGCGAAACUAUGACACAUGAACCUGCCAAUGAGCAUGAAUACAUAGCUUUUGGUCGCAGUGUAGCUGCACAAUUAAUGACGUUAACUCCUCUUUCCGCCAUACAAGCACAGGAACGCAUUCAGUCUGUUCUGACAAGUUUUAAUCUACAAGACCUCCAGGCCCAGAGUAACCAGUACGACACAUGCAGAUACCAGUAGUGCUCACGCCUCAUCUUCCAUCUAUACACCACCGCAGUCCCCUACAUAUUCCGACAUGCAUUCUUCGCAUAGUGAUGGAUCCACAAAUAUAACUCGUGCAGAAUCAGUUGCCGAUGAUAUUGUACGAUCACAGAUAAUAGCAAAAGCUUUUUCCAACAUUUAACAUGUUUUGUUCAUCAACAACUUUUUCGUAAUAAAAACAUUUAAAAAUAAUACCUUUAUAUAUUCUUUCAGACUUUCAUAAAUAGCAUCACACACCUCGGGUAUAAAUUUGGAGAUUGCAGGUGACACACGAAAUAACCCCUGCAAAGCUGUAUAACUAUUUCCUGUGGCUAAAUAAGACAAUGUGACUUCCAAUUUUUCUCUAGUUGGAAUAGCUGAUCUCAUUACAGUGUUCUUUUUCGUAAUUUGAGGAGCAAUUUGAGCCAACAAUAUAUCAAAAUUUUCUUUAGA